GAAAGCAGAACCAUUCCAGUUGUAAAAUGUAACUGACUAAAUGCAAUUUGACUAACAAAACGUGCCAAACACAGUAAUUAUGCUUUGUAUUUGCAUUGAAAUUCUGAAAAACUGUGAAUGGUUUAUUUUUAUUUUGCUACUUGGUCAAAAAAAUUCAUUUGUUCUAUAUUUGCAUACAUUCUGAACUUUCACAAUGAUUGUAUCUUUUUUUCUGCAAAAAAAAGCAUUACAGAGCUUUCAUUUAUGUAUGAUCUAAGUUUGAACAUAGUAUACUUGAAUGAGUGUUGUUAAAGAAGUUAAUUCUGAUACUCCAAAUAUGCCUAGGAAAUAUGCAAAGUCAAGUUCAAAGCUAAACAAAGCAGAUGUGCAGCUCAUGGACAGAGAAGAGCUGGAGGCUUGUGCUCUGCAGCUUCAUGCACACAAUGUACAACUCAAAGCUCUACUUCAACGCAACAUGGCAAAAAAUGAUCAGAAUAUCAAUAGCCAAGGAAGGAAGGAAGGAAAACCAUUCGACUUUGAAAACCGCCAUAUUCACAGGCACACUAGCCGCCAUAUUCUGCUGAAGUUUGCAUACCUGGGUUGGGACCACCAAGGCUAUGCUGUGCAAGAAGACUCACAUAGGACCAUUGAAGCAGACCUAUUCGAAGCACUCCUCAAAACCAAGCUCAUCAAGAGUAGGGAGACAUCUAAUUACCAUAGGUGUGGACGGACUGAUAAAGGAGUGAGUGCAUUCAGCCAAGUGAUUUCCAUCACCGUGCGCAGCCAACUGCCUGCUACAGCUGCUGCUCAGGCUGCUCUCAGCCAUGAGCUGCAGUACGUGCAGAUGCUCAACAGAGUGCUCCCUGAACACAUCCGAAUGCUGGCGUGGAGCCCCGUGAACGAGGGCUACUCGGCUCGCUUUGACUGCCAGUCACGGACGUACAAAUAUUUCUUCCCUCUGGGGGCCCUCGAUGUGCAGCGUAUGCGCGAUGCGGCGGAGCUCAUGAUCGGCCAUCACGAUUUCCGUAAUUUCUGCAAAAUGGACGUAGGAAAUGGAGUGGUUAAUUUUGAGCGCAACAUAGACAGCAUUAGCAUCGACAUCCUUGGGAACUCCAGUGAAGCAGAGAACAGUUUAGAGCACAGCGGCGCUGCACGGUUACAGAACAGCUACUCUCGGCUUCGUCAAAACUUGGAUGCAAUAAGAAGGAUGGAUUUUGAUGACACACAACAAAGUCAGAGAGACGUUGGCGUUCCCGUGGGCAGUGCCAGCGGCGAUGAUUGUGAAACCAAUUCGACUUUAAGCAAUCAAAAUGCCUGUGAAUCAAAUAAUAUCAAUAAUAAAGUAAAUGAAGUCAAUGGAAAAAAUGAUAAUACUGAACUCAUUUCAAACAGCAUCGAAGACGUGAGUAAAACAGUGAGCUAUAAGGGUGAUAAAAAGAGGAGUAGCCAUGACAGUGAGAGCGGUUCUCUGCUGUGUAGUCCUGUUGCCGAGUUCGGUGAGGUGACGGCUGGUGCCGGCUACAGGAUGUGCGUUGCCUCAAUCACUGGGAAUGCCUUCCUCUGGCACCAGGUGAGGGCUAUCAUGUCCGUGCUGUUCCUGGUCGGGCUGGGCAAGGAAGAAGCGUCAAUUGUGACGGAAUUAUUAAAUAUACAGAAAAAUCCUCGCAAGCCUCAGUAUCAGCUCGCCAGUGAAGUACCUCUGUGUCUUUUCUACACCCAAUUCCCUGACGUUCAGUGGCAGUUCUCAGCGGCUGCACUGCGCGGCGUGCAAGCUCACUUCCAGAGAUGCUGGGCCCAGCACUCGAUACGGAGCACAAUGUUGAAAUACAUGUUGGAUGAGGUGCAGCGUGAGUGCCACAACAUGAAUGUUACGGAUGUAGUAUUGCAGCAACACGCCAUCGUAGCGAACAUUCACUCCAAGCAACAUCAGCCUCUGAUGCAGCGCAAAACUUGCAAGAGUCUGGAGAACCGAGUUGUACAUUUCGUGAAGCGUAGGCGUCUGGCCCCCAGUCUGCUCAGUGUAACAAACCCCAGUGCGGUUAAAGACAAGGACCUCAAGGGGCAGAGGGAUGUGGACCUAAGGGUGCUGGAGGAGCCCAGGUCUCUGGAUGCCGAAGCUCGGGCGCCCGACGAAGAAAACGCAGAACAUGUCAGCUGUAAGGAGUUAACAGCGCACGUAAAUAAUCACUGAACCAA